AUGACGACAGUCACUGAAACAGCAAGAAAAACGACGAUUCUACCGCCACUACCAAAACCAUUCACAGAGAAACAGGCACCUACAAUAAGAUUGUACCCGGUGUCAAACUACACAUUCGAUGUCAAAGAAGCACAACCAGAAGAAGACAACUCUGUUACUGGCAGGCUUCAGCGGUUACAAGAGCAGUAUGAAACGAGCGGUAUGAGGAGGACCUGCGAAGGGAUACUUGUCUGCCAUGAACAUGGCCAUCCAUACGUUCUUCUCCUGCAAAUUGCCAAUACAUUUUUCAAGUUGCCAGGCGAUUAUAUCCAGCCCGACCAGGACGAGAUAACUGGAUUCAAGCAAAGGCUGAACGAGAGGUUAGCACCAGCGAAAGAUUCAGAACAUGCCAGUGACCCUAUUAACUCAGAAUGGGAAAUCGGCGACUGUAUCACCCAAUGGUGGAGACCCAACUUCGAGACAUUCAUGUACCCGUUCAUCCCACCACACAUCUCACGACCCAAAGAGUGUAAAAAGAUGUUCCUGAUACACCUGCCGAAACACAAAGUACUCUCCGUACCACAAAACAUGAAACUGCUAGCUGUCCCACUCUUCGAGCUCUACGACAAUGCCACCCGCUACGGCAACCAGCUGGCCGCGAUCCCACUCUACCUCAGUCGCUACAACUUCGAGUUCGUAGACUCGGACGACAAUGUCAUAGCCACAUACCCCGCCAGUAACGCCAAUUGA